GAACUGUCAAACGCUCAUACAAUGACUUAUGUCAUUAGUCACCCGAUACGUUUCUGCUAUGUAUUUAUCUCGAAAUAUUUUAGCGAAAUACAAAGUUAUCGUUGCAAACAGCAAAUAUUACUGAUAAUCACUUUCACGUAACGUGUGAUAGCGUAUGUUGGACGCACGCGAUGGGAACAAGUGGAAAAACGUACUAUGAAAUUGUAUUCCAUAUUUUUCCAAGUAACUGGAAGUGAGUGAGUGUUUAUAUUAGCUAAAAUGGAUAAUAACAGUGAUAAGAAAGACGAUCCUAGUGCCCAGAAGAAAGAAGUGCUCUCAAGUUUACAGAAAAUAUGUUUAGUGUGUGGUGAUAAGGCUUUAGGUUACAACUUUAACGCGAUCUCUUGUGAGAGUUGCAAGGCGUUUUUUAGACGAAACGCAUUGGCUAGCAAAGAGUUUAAAUGUCCGUUCACGAACAACUGCGUAAUCACUGUGGUGACGAGGAGAUUUUGUCAAAAAUGUCGAUUAGAAAAGUGUUUGUCUAUAGGCAUGGUGAAAGAAUUCAUCAUGUCGGAAGAGGACAAGGCGGAAAAGAGACGGAAGAUAGAAGAAAACAGAGCUAGGAAACGACAACGUGAUCCUGACGACGCCGUUACUAGCUCGAAGAAUGUGAAAAGAGAUGAAGAGGGGGACACGGGCCUCAUCCCAUUGCAGGACACUGUGAUACAGUAUGACACUCUCAGUACGACAUGUAGCCCUAGUAGCACAGUGCAGUCUCCACUGACCAGUGACCUAGAAGCAUCGUUACACUCCCCGCUGUACAACUACACUCCGGCCCAGCCUGUGGCCACUACUGAGCAGCCGUAUCCAAUGAAGGUGUACCCUAUAGAUGAGAAGUCUAUGAUCAAUAGAGGUGUUUAUGACCAGAGGAUGUUGGACUCAUACAACAUGUAUGAGAAUGUUGAUAGUAACAACAUUUAUCCAGUCGAGGCACCAAAGCAGAAUACCAUAAGAUCAAUAUUGACAAAUAGUGACAAACCACCGGCGAGGGAGGCUCGGCCGCAGCACGUCUGCGAGGAGAUCCCGUCCACCAGCAACAACCCUGACGUCAACAAGGCGAGAGACAUACUCCAAGAUGUUGAGAGGAUAGAACCAAAUUCGAUGGAGUCGAUAUUGUGUGAGGCGAUCAAGCUGGAGUUCGAAGCGUACACGUCCGUCAGUCCGUGCAGCGGCUCGUCCCGGGAACUGAACGAGGUUGAACGCGCGAAACUCAACGAGUUGAUAGUCGCGAAUAAAGCACUCCACGCUCCCAUAGACGAUGACGUCACACAGCUUGUGGGAGAUACGGCUAGCUCGGCUGGGUUCAAGGGUGACGGCAAACACGACCCUCGAUUGAUCACGAUAGUCAACCUAACUGCAGUGGCAAUAAGGCGGUUUAUUAAAAUGGCGAAGAAGAUCAACGCUUUCAAGAAUAUGUGUGAAGAAGAUCAGGUGGCGUUACUAAAAGGUGGCUGUAUAGAGAUGAUGGUGCUCAGAAGUACGAUGACAUACGACGGACAGAGAAAACAGUGGAAGAUCCCCCACUGCCAAGAGCAAUUCGGCAGUAUACGAACAGACGUACUGAAGCUCGCCAAGGGCAACAUAUACAGGUCGCACGACUCCUUCAUCCGGUCGUUCGAGGCGCGCUGGCGGACGGACGAGCACGUCAUACUGAUCAUGUCCGCCAUCUUGCUGUUCACGCCGGACCGACCCAAGGUCGUACAUCCUGACGUCAUCAAACUAGAACAGAACUCAUACUACUACCUCCUCCGUCGUUACUUAGAAAGCGUCUACCCAGGAUGUGAAGCGAAAUCAACAUUCUUGAAGCUAAUACAGAAGAUUCUCGAACUACGCAAGUUGGCUGAGGAAGUGACAGGAGUGUACCUUGACGUCAACCCCAUAGAGCCUCUACUCAUGGAGAUAUUCGACUUGAAGCACCACGCUGCAUGAGCCACAGGGUAACAUAGCUUAAGUAUUUAUUCAAAUCACCAGACACGGAUUCAUAAAUAAUUCAGCAUAAUAUAAACAUUUUGUUAUAAAAAAAUGCCAAAUAUCACUGUCCACACAUAACACUCCAUUGUUUAUUAAUCCGUGUCAUUGUUUUCUUUGUCCGUCUGUCACGCACGUUGGCCUAAAUAGCUAAAUAAUUUAUGGAAUAUUUACAUUUAAUAUCUACACGUUAAGUGAAACUGUUCGAGAUUCCGUUUGUUUGAUAAGUGUUAUUAUUGUACAGUUAAAUUUAUGAACAUAUCAAAUGCCAAAUUAGUAAUUAUGUGCGAUGUAAGUACUGACAGUACCUUUACGAUGAGUUUAAAGCUUUUAGAUUUAGGUGGUUAACUAAAGGUAAACAAUCUUCGUACGUCUUUUUAUUAAAGAUUAUUUAAAUUUAGUUUAAUAUUACAUUUGAUCAAAACCU